GCCGGCCUAGUGCGGUGUGCAAAGCCUGUGGGUUGGCGCGGCCCGGACACGCCCUUCCCGAGCGGAACAAAACUGCGCGCGGGCCGGCGCGCCCAGCCUCGUUUCCAGAGCCCGCCCUCUCGCCUGCCCGCCGCCUGCCGCGCUCAGCCGCUGCCAGGAUGCCGAACUGGGGAGGAGGCAAGAAGUGUGGGGUGUGCCAGAAGACGGUGUACUUUGCCGAAGAGGUCCAGUGCGAAGGCAGCAGCUUCCACAAGUCCUGCUUCCUGUGCAUGGUCUGCAAGAAGAACCUGGACAGCACCACCGUGGCCGUGCAUGGCGAGGAGAUCUACUGUAAGUCCUGCUAUGGCAAGAAGUACGGGCCCAAGGGCUACGGCUACGGGCAGGGCGCGGGCACCCUGAGCAUGGACAAGGGGGAGUCGCUCGGCAUCAGACACGAGGAGGCCCCCGGCCACAGGCCCACCACCAACCCCAACACGUCCAAGUUUGCCCAGAAGAUCGGGGGCUCCGAGCGCUGCCCGCGGUGCAGCCAGGCCGUCUAUGCGGCCGAGAAGGUGAUUGGCGCUGGGAAGUCCUGGCAUAAGUCCUGCUUCCGAUGUGCCAAGUGCGGCAAAGGCCUCGAGUCCACCACCCUGGCUGACAAGGAUGGCGAGAUUUACUGCAAAGGAUGCUAUGCAAAGAACUUCGGGCCCAAGGGCUUCGGCUUCGGGCAGGGGGCUGGGGCUCUGGUUCACUCUGAGUGAGCCCCCCGCGCCCACGCCCCACUGCCCACGCUGUGCUUCUCAUCGCCCCCCACCCUGACGACCUCGAGACCGCCAGGCUUCCUCCCUCCCUUAGCCCUGCACGCGUUACUAAGGACUCGACCCGGGGUGUCUGGCUCCCUUGGGUUUGGGCGUCUGCUGGAGGCACCCCCCCAACCUGGCCCGCCGUGUCACCAGCGGGGCCUCUGACUCUGGGUGUCCCCUCUCCCUCCCCCCCCCCCCCCCCCGCCCUCAGAAGCUGAGUGUCCGUCAUCGUCAUCGGGGCCCUGCCUGGGGAGAGCCGUGCUCCUCGUGGGGGGCCUCCUGGUGUCCCUCAGGGCAGGCCUGGGGCAUCCCCGCCCGGCAGUCACGGGGGAUGUGCAGAUGGGCCCCAAAUGGAGGGGCCACCUGCCCUGGCCUAUCACCUUCGAGGCUGUGGGCCACAGUGCCCCCCAGCUCAGAGGUUGUGGGGGCGGGCGGGGAAGCAAGCCAGGCCCGAGGGCCCCAGUUCAGGAUGUGGUCUGGCCUCCCUGGGCUCGAGCUUCUGUGUGGCAGGGCCCUGAUGAAACACCCCUGACCUUAUGGCCACCCAAACCUGAGGGCGCGUCUCUGCCCAGCCUCGGUCCUGAGGCUGCGGGGGGGCGGGGGGGUCAGGCUGCACCCAUCAGCGCAGCCCAGCCCCGGGCCCAUCCUCAGUAUGCCCGGCUUGACCUGCAGACGCGGAGGGAGGCACAUGCGGCCUGCCUUCACCUGGACACCUGCCCCCUCCCACCUGGGCCCUGCCCCCACCCUUUUCCUGGGACCGUCGCGCUCUGGCCACACCGCCCACCCCUUCCAGGCCCCAGGUCCGGAGCAGCAGGAGGACGGGGCGGGGCCAGGCCCGCUGACCCCAGGGUCAGAGGGUGAUGCCACGUGGCGCUGCCUGGACCGAGGGCUGCAGCGCGGGCUGUGCUCAAGCUGACCCUGCACCCUGUCAAUAAAGCUGUCGGAACAGA